ACUGAUAAGGGGAUCAAAAAAAAGAUGGCCAUUUCGUUAAUCCUUCACGGUUCGGUGUUUGCUUUUCUAAGUUUUUUAUUUCUAAUUUCUAAGUGUUCCUCAGAAAAUGCACCAAUUGUUACACUUCCGUUCGGCAAAAUUCUUGGAAUCCAUGCAAAUGGCCAUUACGAGUUCCACAAUAUACCUUUCGCAGAGCCUCCAAUAGGCAAGCACAGAUUUGAACCACCAAUACCAUAUCAGCAAAUCUGGGAUGAAGAAUUCGAUGCUACUAAACCAAUGAUCAAGUGCGUCAGUUUUGAGAGAGAUACAGAGCUUGUUGGAACUGAAGAUUGUCUCUAUUUGCAUGUUUUAACUCCAGAUAUUAAUUGCGAAAAAAUGUAUCCAGUGAGAAUACAAAUUCAUGGAGGAGCUUAUGUUAUGGGGUCACCAGACACUGUAGAAACUUCGAUAUUACUAGAACGUGGAAUGGUCAUUGUGACAAUGGGCUAUCGUUUAGGACCUUUAGGCUUUUUGAGUACUGGAGAUAAAGUUAUAGCUGGAAAUAAUGGUUUGAAAGAUCAGCGAUUGGCAAUAAUGUGGGUCAAGAAGAAUAUUAAAAAUUUCUGUGGAGAUGAAAAUAAUAUUUUACUUGGUGGAGCUUCAGCUGGUGGUGCUGCUUCACAUAUGCAUUUGUUGCAUAAGCCUACGGAGAAUUAUAUCAAUGCAGUUGCAUCACACAAUGCUGCAGCAACUUGCAUAUGGUCACUAGAACCUGAUCCGAAAUAUGUCAGCAAAGCCUACGCUGAUGUGCUUCACUGUCCAACAGACUCCUCAGAGGCAAUGAAAGUUUGUUUGCAAGGAAAAACUGUAAACGAACUAAAAGAGGGUACAUUUGCCCUACAAUACUAUAAAAAUAACCCUUUUACUGUGUUUGCACCUGUUGUUGAGUCGUCAGAUAGUGAAAAUCCAUUUAUUACACAGCAUCCGGAGGAAAUAAUGCGCAAUGGACAAACUGCUAACGUAACAUGGUUAGUUGGUUAUACCGAACGAGAAGGUUCUUAUAAUUCUGCAUCAUUUCUGGCUUUAAAUGAAAAUGGUGUUGCUGAGAUAGAAAUUUUGAAUGAACGUUGGGAUGAUUUGGCACCAAUAUUGUUGUUCUUCAAUCGAAGUAUGAAUGGAGAAGAACGACUUCAACAUUCGAAAUUACUAAAGGACACUUAUUUGGGUGGAAAUAAAUUUUCUGAGGAGAACUACCACCUUUUAGAAAACAUGUACACUGACGUAUUGUUCACUGAUGAAAUCAAGAAGUCGAUAUUUCUGCACCGAAAGUAUUGUCCGGGGAAGGUUUAUGUCUAUUAUUACAGAUAUCCGCAUGAAUUUAGCGUAGGGAAUUUACUUUCUCAGAGAAAUGAUAUCACUUUUGGCGCUGAUCAUACAGCUGACACAAUUUUUAUAAUACCAAAGACAGCUCUGAAACAAUCAGUAUUUACAGACAGAGAUAUAAAGUUCUCUGAAAAAUUGAUCGAUAUGUACAUCAACUGGGCAAAUACUGGUGUUUUGAAGUUUGGGGAGAAAGAACUCCCGCUGAACACUCCUACGGAUGAUGCUGUUAUGACCUUCAAUGAAAAUUGUUAUUCAGUAGAUGGAUGUAUUGAUGAUUCGAAAGCUGGUUGCAGUUGUUAUUCAUACGAUUAAUAAGCUAGAUUUAAAUUUUUGGGAAUUAGGUUUAUGAGUAAAGUACUUUAAGAAAAUGAUAACAAAUGGUAUUAUGUCAGCAGACAGAAAUUUCCACGAUAAGAUUAAUAAAAUUGGUAAAUUCCUUGAAAUGGUGAAAAACACCACAGGACAAAAUA